AUGUCCCAAGAACCCGCGCGGAAGGGCAGUGAGAUCAGACACCCCAUCCCCAGCAUGGGCUGCGGGCACAAGGAUGACAAAGCCAGCCUGGCUUCCAGCCAGAUAGUGUCCUUUGGCCACCAGCCUCAUCACCCCCCGGCCACUCCUGCCUCCAAGGAGGUCUGGAAGAAGGGCGGCCGAAUGUUCUCCAUCCUGCUGGCCGUGCACCUGGCCCUGCUGGCCUGCACCCUGGUGAGCAGCGGGGCUUUCGAGAGGAUCGCUGUGCACGACUACGACGUCUUCUUCCUGCUGACUGUCAUGAUGCUGAUAGUCAUCAUCUGGAUCAUCUUCUACCUCGUCGGCACCUCCCGCUGCCCAGACGCCAUCCUCUGCAAGGAUUCCCACGCUGGGCCCAUCUGGCUGAGAGGAGGCCUGAUCCUAUUUGCCAUUUUCAGCCUUGUCAUGGAUGUGUUCAAAAUAGGAUAUUACUCGAGCUUCUACAGCUGCCUGUCUGCAAUCAAAAUCAUCUACCCCAUUGUGCAAGCAAUAUUCGUGGCUGUCCAGACAUACUUCCUGUGGGUCUCUGCCAAAGACUGUGUCCACGUACACCUGAAUGUUACCAGGUGUGGCUUGAUGCUAACCCUGACCACAAACCUGGCAGUGUGGAUGUCAGCAGUGACAGAUGAAUCUGUUCACAAAGCACAUUCAAAGUUGAAGAAGAAUGUGACAGAGGAGAUCUUCAGAUGGCUCCUGAAAGCGGGGAUAAGGAGCAGCUCAGCAGCAGAAUGUAACUGCAACAGCCAGAUCUGCCAGAUCUUCAAGAACGGCUACUUCUGGCUGUACCCCUUCAACAUUGAGUACAGCCUCUUUGCCUCUGCCAUGGUCUAUGUCAUGUGGAAGAACGUUGGACGCUUCAUAGACCAUCACUCCCACCACAUCCACCGCCUGAAGUUCAGGCUCUUCCUUUUUUGCUUUGUAGGCAUCAUGUUGGGGCUCAUCCUCCUGGUGAGUGGUUUGGGAGUCCUUGUUCUUUACGAGGUGCAGGUAAACUCCAGCACUGAAUCCAGCAAGAAGAGCCAAGCACUGACCAUGUACUACAUCUUCAACAUCGUUUGUCUGGGCCUCAUGUCCCUCGUCUGCAUUGGCGGCUCCGUCAUCUACCGCUACGACAAGAGAGACAUGGAUCGGCACAAGAACCCAACCAGGACCCUGGAUGUGGCCCUGCUGAUGGGUGCAGCCUUGGGACAAUAUGCCAUUUCUUACUACUCCAUUGUGGCCAUAGUAGCCAGCACCCCCAGGGACGCCAUCAGCGCGCUGAACCUCACCUACGCCCUCCUCAUGAUCGCCCAGCACACCUUCCAGAACAUCUUCAUCAUUGAAGGCCUUCACCGGCAGCCCCCCAAGGAGGACCCCAAGCAUGACUCUCACCAGAAGGACCUCUAUGGACUCACCUUCGUCAACAUCAACGCCGUGUCCCUCCGUGUGCCCGACGGUGGCAGCACUUUGGCCCCUGGCACAGCUGCUGGCACCGAAGCCACCCACCCCCCCGACCCCGUGCGGGCCCUCACCCCCCACAAGAAGAUGAACUGGAGGAGGAAGUUCCUAAGGGAGAUCUCCAUGUUCCUCCUGCUGAGCAAUAUCAUACUCUGGAUCAUGCCAGCGUUUGGUGCCCGGCCCCAGUUUGACAAUGACACGGAACUGAACUUCUAUGGUGACUCCAUGUGGCCAGCCAUCGUGGACAUCUGCCUGCCCUUUGGGAUCUUCUACCGAAUGCACGCAGUGGCCAGUUUGCUGGAGGUCUACAUCAUGUCCUAA